AUCAUUAUGAUUAAUCGAUAUCUGUCAGCCCGAUUGCCUGUGAAAUUCAAUUGCUCUUUAACUAAACCUAUGAUUACUGAGGGAUGGGAAGAAAUGAGAAAAGUUUUUCGAAUUGAGGGAAAUCAAUUGGUUACAACGACUUAUGCAGGGUUUAAACGUUUCAUUGUUGAUGUUCACCCAGGAGAACUAAAUCCAAAUGAAUUGUCAUCAUUACACUCUUUCAAAUUUGAAGACAAUGAACCACUUUCUUUUAGUGUCAGACCCACAGAUUAUGAAGCAACAAAAUCUCAGUUGACUUUAAAUAAGGAAUUUGCAGAAUAUGUUCGAACAACAGAAUAUGACCAAGUAAUAUUGUGUGGUCCAAAUGGUACUUCAAUUGCAACAAAAAUAAUCAAAUACAAAGUUCGAUGGUAUUAUACGGUCAAAUUUGGAUCUCAAUGGAGAAAAUUUGUAUCCACAAAAGGAUUUGUUUCUGGUGAUGUGCUUAAUUUCAUGUUUAUUGACAAAGAAAAGAACAAUGUCAUGAGAGUUGUCAAGCUAGAAGAUUAG